UAUUUAGGGCAGCUCACGUCCAUCCCGGGGUACCUGAACCCCUCAAGCCGCACGGAGAUCCUGCACUUGAUCGACAACGCCAAGAGAGCCCACCAGCUCCCGGGGCAGCUGACCCCAGAGCAUGACGCUGUCAUCAGCCUCUCUGCCUACAACAUCAAGCUGGUGUGGAGGGACGGGGAGGAUCUGAUCCUCAGGGUGCCCAUCCACGACAUCGCCUCCGUCUCCUACAUCCGGGACGACUCCGCACACCUGGUGGUGCUCAAGACAGCUCAGGAUCCCGGCAUCUCGCCCAGCCAGAGCCUGUGUGCCGAGGGCUCCAAGGCGCUGACGUCGGGCUCGCUGUCGGAGAGCGCAGGGGGGCCCCUGGAGUGCUGCUGCCUGGUGGUGCUGGCCACAGAGAACAAGGUGGGUGCUGAGGAGCUGUGCUCCCUGCUCAGCCAAGUCUUCCAGAUCGUUUACACCGAGUCCACCAUCGACUUCCUGGACCGCGCCAUCUUCGACGGGGCCUCGACACCGACCCGGCACCUGUCCCUGCACAGCGAUGACUCUUCCACCAAGGUGGACGUGAAGGAGCCCUUCGAGGCGGAUGCCAGCACUUUUUCCUUUGCAGACACGCUGGAAGCAGGGGACACGUCCCCGUCCUCCUUCUCUGCGCGCCCGUCCCCACACGUCACCACGGCCAGCGAGAGCGAGCUCAGCACCACGGCCACCGAGCUGCUCCAGGACUACAUGAUGACGGCCUGCGGCCCUUCAUCCCCGAGAAGGACAGCCAGCACUUCGAGAACUUCCUGGAGACCAUCGGCGUCA